ACUAUAAUAUCCCUCUGUCUUCAACUCACUUGCGAAUUGCGUUUGUAUGUGUGACGGUGACCCCUAGCGUAAUUAAAUAUAGAAAACAACUCAGAAGGCCGAGAAAGAAUAAUACGUUUGGUUCAAGAUUGUUCUGUGGAAUGAGCUAUGAGUGGAAAUGAUCCAGAGGAUAUAAAAGUGGAGUCAAAGACAAAAGAAAAGAAGAAAAACGCCAGGGGAUCGCUGCACGGCCAUGUACUAAGUCGACGUACCAGACAUAACAGUACACUCAAUGCCUAGGCCUGGGUGUUGUGUCUACUCUUUAUUAUGCGUUCAGCGCGCGCUGAGCGAGAGCUGAGCUAGCCGCCGGAAUUACUUUCCAGCUAUUCACUUGAUUGAACAUCGUGAUAAAAUAAAUGAGAAAUAGUGAAAAUAUCAUUCAAUAACUCACUGUUUGCUAUCUUACAUCAUGAUUGAAGAGUUCAUGAUGGUUAUUCAUACUGUUUUUUAUACAGGGAAAGUAAAGAUUUGUACAUAUCAGUCCUAUUUGUUUGAUUUGAGUUGCUUUGAAAAAAAAUUGUAAAAUAUCUUUCUCUCUCUGCAUAGCAUUUCUGUAUGACAUUCAGGCACCUCUUAUACUAAAUUCCCCCCGGUGACGUCACACUCCGAGUGGCUUUUCUGUACACUCGUCUCUCGGGCUCUGACAGGUGGCUAAUUUCAUAGACUUUCAAAGCAAAAUAUCGAGAAGGCAGAGGAUUUUUGUGACAUGCUAUCUGUUUGAACAACUUAUAUAUACUAUAUAUUGUGUGUAGAACCUAUAUUUAUGGAAACUCACCCCCUUCUUAAUUCAACUUUAAAAUGUCAUAACUUUCCUAUUUUACAUCCGAUUUUGAUGAAAUUUUCAGUGUUAUGCUUGUUGGAUUUUUCUCUUAUUAUUCAAAUCAACUUUUUGUUGGGGUGGACUUGUCCUUUAAGGGUAUGGUUUCACACGCCAAUACUUGUUAAGGGGUGCAUUUUCAGAAAAUGGAAAAUACGUAUUUAGGUAGACCAAAAGCUUCGGUCUCUGUUAUGUUGGUUGUUCAGCUGAACUCCGUUGGUAUGAGGAGAAAUUUAAAAAAAAAAUGUUAAAAAACUCCUCGAAACAGACGGCUGCCAGCUGUCUAGUGUUUAGGGUGCUUUUCGAGACCCCAUGGUCGCGCAUGAUAUCCACUCGUCAAUGGAAGUGCCCCCCCCCCCCCGGGGCGAUGACAAAGUAAUUUUGAGAAUUUGACAAUAUUUUUAGGACCCCAAAAAUUUGAGCCUUAUUUGAUGUGUAAAUCGGAAAGCUGAUGACGACCUCUACGUUCCUUGUUGUUUGUUGUGAUGUGAUACUAUACUAUAUAUAUACCGUGCAUGCUGAGCUGAUCUGAGUCUUCGAAGAGUUUUUCGCGAUCCGAGCCGAGAGUCAAGUCAAAAGAACAUAUUGUAAGCAGAGCAUUCAAUGACAAUCAGAAAGACUGAUGGUAGCAUAAAAUGGCUACUGAGAGUGGAACAGGUGAUUCCUUAUCUUAUUCUAAGGAGAUCAACAAGAGUGCACAGGAAAGUUUAAUACCACUCACAGAAGACUUGGCAGAAUGGCUCUCCAGGGUUUUGGAUGUCAGUGUUGAAGUUGACACUUUGAUGGAUUCAUUAGACAAUGGUGUAUUGCUUUGUAAACUUGCUCAGUUAAUACAACGGAAAGCCAUAGAAUGCCAAAGGACAGGACAUAAAAUCAAAGAUAAUGUACCACAACAUAAAAUCAAAUGUCGAGAGAACGCCACAUCCGAGUCUUUCUUUGCUCGUGACAACAUUGCUACAUUUCUUUCUUGGUGCCGGGAACUAGGAUUAGAAGAUACCUGUCUCUUUGAGACUGAUGGGCUCGUGCUAAGAAGAUCCCCACAGAAUGUGUUAGUAUGUGUCUAUGAACUGGCUAGGCUUGGCUCAAGACUUGGCAUUGAACCUCCGGGAUUACUCAAACUUGAAAAAGAGAUUGAGAAAGAGGAGAGGAACCCUAGACCGGUCUCAGGAAGAAAGGUCUCGGCCUUAGAUCAACAGGUUCAGAAGAUCUCUAAACAGAAGAAAAUAGUGGACAUUCAUCGAAUAUCAGAAGGAAAAUACAAUAUUGGAGGAAAGAUUGUAUUAAUAAGGAUGCUGAGAGGUCGUCAUGUGAUGGUUCGUGUUGGAGGCGGAUGGGAGACGUUGGAAUCUUACCUUGAUAAACACAUAGUGACUUCCAUGAAGCGAGUCGGUCGAGCUGUAGAUCUAGACUCGGGUGAAACUAUACAGGAUGAUUACUUUGUGAUGAAUGCCAAAUAUAAGAGCCAUAGUAAUGUCAACAACAAUGGAAGGACAUAGCCCUCACUGAACUUUCGAAAGUUGUUGCUUUUUACAUGCUUUAAAAUAGUAUUGAUACAAAGUGGCGAUGCAGUGCAGUCAAGGGUAUUUACAAUAUGCAACAAAGACAAGCAUUAAUUGCUUAGGUCGAGUGGUUUGAAUAGCAUUGUGGAUGCCCAGGAUGCCUGCACUAACAUCGCAAAUUAAAACUGUGCAUUACUUGUUUUAUAAAAUGGGUCAGCGGUAUGAAUAUAUGGUUGGGAAUUCUCUAAAAACUACUCCAAAUUUCAUCAUAUUGCACAGACAAUGUACCCAAAAUUCUUAGGGUGACGUGGCGGAGAGGUCUAAGGCGCCUGGCUGACAUUUGAUCCCCGACCACGGCACCUGUGCCCGUGAGCAAGGCGAACAGUGCUCUUUUAUCCUACAUUUAAAUAGAUGGAAAUGCUAUAUUCAUUUUUGGUAACUAGGUGUGCACUUGAGUUAAAAGAAAAAAAAAUUGCUUAGUGCUGCACCCCCCAAAAUUGUAUUUUGCCAUUCAGAACAUUGCUUUACUAAUACAACUAAAGUUAUUAGACAAACUUAUUCUUUCUAUUAUUUGAAAGGUGUAUUUAAAAGAGUAGCUAUUUAUGACUCAAGUCCAUGAGAGACCAGACAGAGUGUUUGUCAUUUCAAUCUGGCUAUAUAGGAUCUUGUCAACUAAAUCCCGUCCUUGAAAAAUGAUGAAGAAUUGUAUUCAUUCUGCUAUUGCUGCUGUCCAAUGGAGACCUCUUUUAAUUUGCAGUGUGCCUUCAUAUAUUGCCUUUUGUUCAGACAUACAAAGAUAUAUGACCAAUACAAUCCAAUGAGCUUUCAUUUCACUCUUUCAGGUAUUUUCCCUCUUUUCUUUACGUUUGGAUCUUUCCUUGUUGAAAUCUAAGUUUCAGUAUGUUCUAUAUCUAAAACCUUGAAUCAAAGAAAAUAUUAAGUGUUUGUCAAGCCCAGCCAAUGAUGAUGAUGAAGAUGAUAAUGAUGUUUGGAUUUAGAAAUUAUACAUCAUUAAGGCAUACAUGCGCUCGGUACAGUACCUGUAGAGUAUAACAUUUCUAAUCAGGGUUCCCAGCCCGUCGGGGAAAUCAGGAAAAAUUAUUUUACAUUUUUCCAGUCAGGGAAAAAUCAGGGAAUUUGAUUUAAAAAAUACCUCAAAUCCGGGGAAAAUGCCUCAAACGAGGGAAAGAUCUAGGAAUUUUUAUCGGCCUAAUCCGCCCAAAAGUUGAAAGUACGGUAGUCAGCAAGGGCGGAAAUCUCUCCCCAAAGGUAGGGGACCAGGGGCUGGAAAAUUUGACAAGC